CAAUCGCCGUCGCGUUUACUCGCCGAUGCGGUAGUACCAACAUGGCAGCUUUCUGAGUUUUGGAGGAGGGGAGCUGGUCUAAAUAGAGAGAAAUUAAGCGUUUCUGAGACAAGGACAGCGUCGGGGAGCCUGAGCUCGGGACUUAUUGGACCGCUGGCGGAAAAUGUCGAGCGACGGGAACAAGAAACAGUUCUGGAAAAGAAACGCAGCCAAGGUUCCCGGCAGCAUUCAGCAUGUGUACGGCGCUCAGCAUCCACCCUUCGACCCGCUUCUUCACGCCAAUCUAAUUAAAGCAGGCAACAAACCCCCUCCGGCCACGCCAGGCAAGCCCAAGAAAGCCACCACCUUUCAGGAGUUCGAGAGCAUCACCAGUGACGCCUGGGAUGUCGGCGACGAUGACGACGAGCUGCUGGCCAUGGCUGCACAGAACCUUAACAUCGAGGUCGUCAUGGAGACGGCAAAUAAGGUAAUAGAGAAUCACAGCAAGCAGCAGGAGAGACAGAGGCAGGAUGACCCGACAGAGUCGGGUCAGAGAGAGGAAGAUGCACAGGAGGAGGUGGUGGCAGAAGAGGUGGAGGAGGAAGAGGAAGACGAGUAUCUCAGAGUGGAGGAAGUAGACGCAAUCAGCCCAGAUGCAUCGUUUGCCUCUCAGAGCAGCCCUUAUACUGAUAGCCGUCUGGUGAAAUCCCACAGCGAGGCUCCGAUUGGGUCACCCAAAGAUGCAGCGGGCGAGCACGCCGGCCUCCACAGACAGAGGUCUCUGCCCCACCGGCCGCCCAUCAUCCCAUUAGUGGCUCGCAUGGCUGACCAGAACACAUCUGGCACCCCAGCCAUGACCGAGAGGGAAGCGUCCCGCCUGGAUAAGUUCAAACAGUUGCUGGCGGGGCCCAACACAGAUCUGGAGGAACUACGGAAACUCAGCUGGUCUGGAAUCCCGCGACAAGUUCGACCCAUAGCCUGGAAGCUUCUCUCUGGUUAUCUGCCUGCCAACGCAGAGAGGAGAGAAAGCGUCCUACAGAGGAAGAGGCAAGAAUAUUUCGGCUUCAUCCAGCAGUACUACGACUCGCGCAAUGAUGAGCACCAUCAGGACACAUACAGACAGAUCCACAUAGACAUUCCUAGGAUGAGCCCUGAAAAUUUGGUGCUGCAGCCGAAGGUGACAGAGAUAUUUGAGCGGAUCCUGUUUAUCUGGGCCAUCCGGCAUCCGGCCAGCGGCUACGUACAAGGCAUCAAUGACCUGGUCACGCCGUUCUUCGUCGUCUUCGUCUUUGAAUACAUCGAGGAGGAAGUGGAAAACUUUGACGUGUCCAGUCUCCAGGAAGAAGCUCUGAGGAACAUUGAGGCUGACAGCUUCUGGUGCAUGAGCAAACUGCUGGACGGCAUCCAGGACAACUAUACAUUUGCUCAGCCAGGCAUUCAGAGGAAAGUCAAGGCCCUGGAGGAGCUGGUCAGCAGGAUUGAUGGCUGAACCAGAAGGCUUCUCUCAUUUCCACCUGUACGUGUGCGCUGCCUUCUUGGUGAGGUGGAGGAAAGAGAUUCUGGAGGAGCGGGAUUUCCAGGGCCUGAUGAUCCUGUUGCAGAACCUCCCCACGAUGCACUGGGGCAACGAGGAAGUGAGCGUGCUGCUGGCCGAAGCAUACAGGUUGAAGUUCGCCUUCGCCGACGCGCCCAACCACUACAAGAGAUGAUGAGAGGCGGCUCCUCCUCUUCCUCCUCCUUCGUCUCCUGUCCCGCGGUCGCCUGCUGGACUCACAGGCCUCCCCGUCGAGGGCCCUCCCCUUUCCCCAACCCCCCCCUUUUUUUUCGCCCAUAUUUUCAGUGGGCCUUUCAGCUACUAAGAGAUUCGAAUCAAGCAGUGACUGAGGACGUGUGGUGUAGCAUUCUGACAAGAUGAUGACGGUGUGGAGCCUUUUCUUUUUAAGUGAUCUCUGUGACCGACAGUGAAAUGUGCACUCUCACAGUCUGAUGCAGCAACCGGUCAUUAACAAUGAUGAUUGCAGUUUUUUUUUUGGUUUUUUUUUUUUGGGCUUUUUCUUUGAUGAACAGCAGCCCCACAGCUUGACGCAAGAUCACAAACGGUUUCUCAGCAACGCCUGGGGUUACGUCUGCAUUAUUUUACACUACCAUAGAAAAAUAUUGUUUAUUUCUCUUCUAGGCAACGUUUAGGACCCUUAUUUGUUUACAAGUAUGAAGAAAGACAGUAGAAGAGCUUUUUUUUUUUUUUUUUUUUUUUUUUUAGACGAUUUACAAAUCUGUGACUGCACAACGUGAAGAAGUGUGAUGUCUGCAGUUUUUGCAGCACGAGGGGAACUGAUUCAGUUUGCUUUCCAGGAUCUGACGGCAGAGAUCGGGUUCCGAGAAUCCCGCGCUCAGCGAAAUCCCUCUCCCUUUUAUCCCCCCUCCGUCCUCCCACCCUCCCUGCAACACAUCGCAGCAUCAGAGUGGAAGGAAAACAGUGGUGGGAGGCUGCAGGUCAGGAGAGGCUCACGCCGUAUUCAAGUUGCUACUCAUUCCCACUGGUUAGGGUUUGUCUUAGACCGCCUGUUCAUGAAGUCUGAUCAUUAAAUGCUCCUCUCUAAGCCGACUACCUCAGCUCUCACAACUUCUGCUUUUCAAAAUUCAUAAAGAUAGAAAUAUAUCUAUAUUUUUUUUGUUUUCUGUCGUCUUUCACUUCCACGUUAUUAAGAUUUCUCAUGAAACGUCUCAUUCUAAGUCUUGACUAGCAUUACAUUCAGGUGAGGCUGUGCUGGUUGUAGAACAAAACGCUGCCUGAUCCGAGCUUAGCAUCCGCAAGUUACCACAUAAGGUUGGGUUUAAAACACAGGAAAUGUUAGUUAUGUAAUUGCUCCUAUUUUGCACCCACACUAGACUGUACACAUCCCUGGACAAAGCAGGACACUAGCAAAGUCGAUUCAUACAGCUAGAUCUGUACUUUGCAGGUUUAACACAGGGUUGCUUGUUUAUCCAUGGGAAAUAGACUUACUUUUCAAUACUGGAAAGUUUAAUCCCAUUUUUUAAAACAUUAAUUCAGUCGUUUGCUUUGAAUUUAUGGCAGUAACUUCUUUCGGGGUCACGCUUGAAAUACAAAAACGGCAAAAAGUAACAGACUGGAAAGAAAGAAGAAACCAAGGAUGGAGCGAGAGUUGGUGGGACUGAUGGAUCCGAGGAGAGAUGGAUUGAUGGAGCAAUGCAACUUUCAGAUAAUGUGUAGACACACACACACUUAUUAGACAAUCUAUUUCCUGGCCUGAAAAUACCAAAAUCACCGGCAAACUUUUGUGGGCCGUGUACGGAUAACUGUGCUUCUGAACGACCCGUUUGGAUCCGGCAGUCGUGACGUAGAACUUAUUCAUCGCACCAAACCCCCCCCCCCCCAUACAGUGGUCACUGUCGCUGUAGCACGAAGGGGAUACGUUUGGUUCGUUUUCCAAAUCCGCCCCGCACACAAUGCCCGGCCCGCACGUGUCGCCGGCGCCGCAGCGAUGUAAUUCUUUGCAGGGACGCGGCGGUGGCCUGAUAAAUCAGACAUUCAUGACAUAACUCAAAAAGCAGUUAACAUUCGCAGCCUCCUGUAGCGCCUCCGCCAGGAUCCAUUAUUGUCACCGUGAGCCGGCAGAGACGGCGAGCGUAGGUGUGUGAAGGGGAGACGAAGGGAGAGAGAGAGAGGGAGGGAGGGAGGGUGUUGUGUUCCUUUGGAAGUUUCAGCGCUUUUUCUCUGAGAGCUGUCAGUCUUUGAUCACACACUGGGACUUUUUUUUUUUUUUUUUUUUUUUUUUCUCUCUCUACACAAUUUGAACCAGUUUCACAAGCCCCUUAUCUCCUGUGCUGUGUGACAAGAAAAACUGCACCUAAUUUAAAAAAUCCACAGCCUUUUUUUUUUUUUUUUUUUUUUGCUCCUGCUUCCUUUCUUUGAGAUGUAUAUCCAAUUCGUUCAAUCAGCAUUUUAAAGAUUCCGACAAGAGGUUUUAUUUUUUUUUACAGCCCCUUAUGUUUACGUUAAGACGUGCCUGCCUCUGAGGGAGAAACCAUCCAGAUUAACGCAAAUGUGCUCAAAGGGUUUUUUGAAGUUAAUAUUAGUUGAUAGAAAAUGUCAUUUUUGUACAUUAUUUUGGGUCUGAAGCGAUCAUCAUGAGCUGUUUCAGUCUUCUUUGGGUAUUUAUUAUUAUUAUUAUUACAAAUGUGUCAUUUAUUUACUAAUCCCGCCCAGUCUCUCUACAGGCCUGUCAAUCUUUGAUGCGGAUACUGUAUGAAUGAUCAGGGCUGCUGUUUUUUUUUCUCAGCUUUUGACGAGUGCUGACAAGGUGCAGCAGUGUUCUCCUUUCCUAAAACAUAAGGUACACGAAUUAAUCGGCGGCUUUUACUCAGCUUUAUGUUUUGUGCAGAAGAAAACGACCGCUAGAUGUUCUCUCGGGGGGAUUUUAUCGCCACAGCGUUCGUGGAUGCUGUCACAUCUAACGUUUGAAGCCUUUUUAAUCAAGCAUUACUGAUGUGCCCUGCUGAAAAAAAUUUUACUGUUUGUCUGCGGCAUAACACACCUUUUGUUAUCAUUUCCACGUACUCUUAUUGGCUUUAUUGGAGAGCACAGCCAUUAGCCGCACCCUCCCUAUCGCACAAGCAUAAUCUGAGUGAAACAUUUGAUUUAACUAGGUUUUUUCACUGAAAUCACUGUUUAGAGAAAAUAUUUCUCUCAAAAUUGCCACAGUUGUGUGUACGUUACUUUUCAUGCUGUUCAGACUGCUGAAAACCUUUUAAUUAAUAUUGCAAAAUAGCCCAGUUUUUCUGAUAUAGCACAAAAAAAAUCCUACUAGCCCGAUCUUGUCCAUAUGUUAAAUCAAUGCAAAUAUUGAAAGAUUUCAACUAGAGCUGUGGUCAUUGUUGUUUCUUUAAUAAGAUAAUGAUUCAAUAUAUUUGCUCAGACACAAAGAAACGACUCGCCAGACCCACAAAUCGGCCUUUCUCCAGCCCCCACACCUGGAACCUAUUGAAAACAUGGAGUAAGCCAAAGAGACUGUGUUUUGUCUCCUUUCCGUUUGAGGCUUUUCACACAUUUUCACUCGGGGCAACAAUAAAUGUGGCCUUCAGGUGAAAAAUUACAGGCUCAUUUUGUAGAAAAAAGCCCACUUUUAGAGGACUAUUACGUCCAGUGAUGAAAUAAUACAUUUAGAGCUGCAUGGUGGCGCUCAUAAAAUCUGCAGGUCAUCUCAGCUGCCCCAUUACUUCCCUGUAAGAUUUGUUGCACUUUCCCAUUGUGCCGUCGAAGUUUCCGCUGCUUUUAGCUCGCGCAGUAAUGGGUAUGCUUGACAGGCAAUGCAGCAGGAACUAAUACGGGGGCAGGGAUUUGCAAACAGUAAAUAUUUGUCCAGUCUUUUUUUUUGUUUUUUUUAAUCCAAACUCCUUCCCUCAAGCUCAAGUUGCCUUAAUACACAAGUUUGUGUUGAUCUGUAAACCACUGAGGAAACCAAGCUCAUGCUAGUGAUCCACUCCAUCCUUAGACUCUAGGAUUGUGAGUUGUGGAUAAAGCGAAGCUUCCCGUUCUCCAUCUUUCUUGUCAUUUUAUGCAGAAGUCGUUUUCCUUUUACCAAGAAUCAGACGCCUCGCCACAUUCAAGUGGAAAAGAGAUCAUUUUAACCAACAAACUCAAACGAAAUCACUCGCUGCUAAUCUCAAGUCAGCCUCCCACCGUCUCACUCACGUCUCUAUGGUGACUGCUGACAUCUGGCUGGAGCGUCUCUCCUUCUAUUAGCCCACACAGACAGACUUCAAACAUUCUUGGGAGCUCCAUCAGGCAGGUUUCAGGAAAGCAACACUUCAGCUGCCUUUACUUUUUAUUUUUUUCAAGUCGUCUACCAGUACUUAUGAAAAACAACCCCCUCCCCCCCCCACCCCUUUACCUUCAGAGAGCUGAGAAAGAAAGCUAAUGUUUGCCAGAUUGUGUGGGUGACAGGAGUAGUGUCGAUUGGAUUAAAUUUCAAAAUAUGUACAGAAACAAAUAUCUGUAAAUACAAAGUGUAAAUAAAUCCUAUAUAUGGAAUACCAAAAAAA